AACGUAAAAGACUAAAAGAAAUAUGAGGUUUAUUCUCUUAAGAAAUUACUUGAGCAGCUAUUGAAAAUAGGAAUUGAUUAGUCGAUUGUGUUGACAUUUGCGCAACAAAAUGAACGAUGAAUUUCUCUCCAAUUGGUUAACUAUUUUAUCUUAAAGAGAGUAUGCUAUUGAUGUGGAUGUAAACUCUAUUAUUGACGAAUUCACUAUAUUAAAAUUUAAAAGAUUGACGUGUACAAUUGAUAUUGUAAAAAAAAAACUGUGAUUUUUUUACGAUAUCUAAUUUUCUAAUGAAAUGCGGCCCAGUGCUACACUGUGUCCUGGAUCCGCCGAUGUGUUCAAUGUAUUUCAAGAAAUUGUUUACCACUCAUUCUCACUUGUUACUUCCUGGUACCACUUCGUACCACCUAUGUUUCAUUCAAAUUAAAAUAUAUAUAUAGAAAAGAAACGAGUUCAUCGUGAUCUGUAACCCUUUGAGAGAAAAAAUGUUAGAACUAAAUAUACCAUAUUAUAUCCACCAUGGUUGAAUACAUGAUAUGAAUAUAGGAACUGUCAUUUACCCAAUUCAUCAUUGUUUGCCACCAGUUACCACCCCUAUAUCAGGUUGGUAUGAGGUGGUAUGUUUUGGUCCUACAUUUUUUUAGGAUAAAUUUGUAGAUCCAAUAGAUCACAAAGAUUUGUUCUAUUUGUGCGAAAAAAUUCCAAAUUCGAGUUAAAAACGAAGGUGAUAAAGAGUGGUAUGAAAUUUUUCUCCAAAUAUAUUGACAAUGGACCUAUUUUUAUAUAUCACAACGAACUCGUUCCAUCUAUGAAAAAAAAAUUGAAAUCCAAAUUAGAACGAAAAAGAUAAGAAUCAUUUAAGAAAAUUAAUAAAUAUAAAAAUAAAAUAUUAAUUCUCACAAGUUAGAUUUAUACUUUUUUCGGCCCUGCCAAAAUCUACAAACGCAGAUCUAGUUAUCAAAUUGCAUAAUUCUUAAUUAUGCACCCAAUCCAGAUAAAGACCCCUUUCUACCACAUAAACUUAAAUGCCAUUUAUUAUUUUAGAUCCUUCUAUCUAUUUCACCCUCACAUGCACCAGCGCCACGUACGCCACAUGCAUGCAAACCCGCAAAACCCAGACGUUACAAAUUAAUGACCGCAACAAACUAAAAGCGUUAAGAACCGUGACAUGAGUACUAUAAAUACCUGAGCUGUGGACACACUAGUUCCUCGCCCCCAGCUCUUUACAAUCUACCAAGCAAAGUAGUGCUUAACGAAAUCAACACUAGCCAUGGCUUCCUCUGCUCUCACAGCUGUUUCCCCACUGAUCUCGUCCCUUACAGCCUUCAAGAGCAAUGCCAGUACUGCUGCUGCUAAUCCUACCACCCUUCUUCUGCCCAAUUGUCCCUCCCAAACUAGCUCCAUGAAGCGUUGUUCCAUCUCCGCCAAAGCUCCUGCUAGAGCAACUGCCGGGGACUCUGGCGCCUUCGGCAGCUUCGGCAAAGCUGGCUCCAUCCAUGCGGCCUCCUCGACAGGCGGGGACUCUGGCGUCUUCGGCAGCUUCGGCAAAGCUGGCUCCAUCCAUGCGGCCUCCUCGACCGGCGGGGACUCUGGCUUCUUCGAUGGAUUCGGCAAAGCUGGCUCUAUCCAUGCGGCCUCCUCGACCGACGGGGACUCUGGCUCCCUCGUCUCAUUCGGCAAAGCUGGACAUGUGGCCUCCUCGACCGGCGGGGACUCUGGAUCUGUGGUCUCAUUCGGCAAAGCUGGACAUGUGGCCUCCUCGACCGGCGGGGACUCUGGAUCUGUGGUCUUAUUCGGCAAAGCUAGUCCUGUGGCCUCCUCGACCGGUGGGGACUCUGGCUCGGUCGUCUCAUUCGGGAAAGUUGGUCCUGUGGCCUCCUCGACUGGGGACUCUGGCUCUCUCGUUUCAUUCGGCAAAGCUGGUGGUGCGGCCUCCUCACCCGCCGGCGGGGACUCUGGCUCCCUCGUCUCAUUCGGCAAAGCUGGUCCUGUGGCCUCCUCAACCGCCGGCGGGGACUCUGGCUCCCUCGUCUCAUUCGGCAAAGUUGGUCCUGUGGCCUCCUCAACCUCCGGCGGGGACACAGGCAUCCUUUACGGAUUCGGCAAAGCUAGCAUCCACGCCGCCUCCUCGACCGGCGGGGACUCUGGCCUUUACAGCGGAUUCGGCAAAGCCGGAGACUCUGGUGUCUACGGCGGAUUCGGCAAAGCUAAUCAUGUGGCCUCCUCAACUGGCGGGGACUCUGGCAUUCUCUAUGGAUUCGGCAAAGCUGGUCUUGUGGCUUCUUCAACCGGCGGGGACUCUGGCAUCCUCUACGGAUUCGGCAAAGCUUGUCGUAUGUAGCAGUUAAAUCAUAUAUAACAAUGUUGUGUGUGAGAGGCGGAAGGCAGGUCGUCAUGACUAGCUCCCUCGUCCUGUGACCGACCCUUUAAUUCCCCGUUGUGUUUCUGUUGCUCUUAGUAUGUCGACUCCGGUCGAAGCUUAUGCUUUAUUUUCAUCGUUUUUGUGUCACAUGUUAUGUAAUAUGCGUCGUUGUCGAAAGUUGCAAAUCCGAAGUUGAAAAUGUAUCGUUGUAAAGUGUAUGUCACUGUGUUUGUAUCGUAUGGCCAAGAAAUAAACUAAGUUCAAUGUUGAGCCGUCAAUCCAUUAGAUACCUACUUAAGAUGAUGCAUAGAACUAGAAGAGCUUGAUUUAACGGUAGACCCAGAGUUCCUCUGCGCUCAUCAAAAUUCAUUGCGUCUGUUCUUCCGAUGCCAUUUACUGCAUGCUUCCAAGUUUGUAUUGGUUGCUUUAACUCAAUUUGCUAUAAGUGAUGUUUAUGGAGGCUGGGACUCUGGUUGACAGUUCAAGUUUCAGACCGAAUUUGUGAACCGUAACCAUCAAAAUCAAAGGAAGAUGACUUUUCGAGAAAAUUGAUCGUAAUAUGUGAUUGUACCCCUUUAAAAUCUACCACAAAUGGCUGCCAAAAAAUCUGCAUAUAUCAGUGCUUAAAUAUUUAAUCUUCGGUGAAGUAUAGUCUCGUACCGAAUCUGUAAUCUGUAGCCUUCAAAAUCCAAAGAAAAUUGUCUUUCAAAAAAAUCUUUUAAAAAUUACGAAAAUGCUCUCCAGGAAAAAAUUCGUCCAAAUCAGCGAUUAAUAGACUUUGUCAUUGGUGGAGAAUAGCCUCAGGCCGAGUCCGUGAUUUGUAAAGCCUUCAAAAUACAAGGAAUAUGGCAAUUUGAAAAAACCACCCGAAAUUUCUGAUGGUACCCCUUUGAAAUCAGCAAAAAUAUGACCCAGAAAAAUGCCCAAAUCGGUGCUUAAUAGAUUUAAUUAUCGGUGAAGAAUAACUUCAGGCUGAAUUCGUGAUCUGUAGCUAUCAAAAUACUAGGAAAUAUUACAUGUAGAAAAAUGUCAUUUCGAAAAAAUAACCAGUAAUCUGUGAUGAUAUCCUCUUCGGAAUCUGCCAAAAAUGGCAUCGAGAAAAAUGAAAAUCCUCUCAAUUCAGUGCUUAAUAGACAUAAUCAUCGGUGAAUAAUAGCCACAAGCAGAAUCCGUGAUCUGUAGCCUUCAAAAUCCAAAAAAAAUGGUAAUUCAAAAAAUCUCCAAAAUAUUACGAAAAUGUCCUCCACAAAAGAUCCACCCAAAUCAGCAAGGCAAUUAAUAGAAUUCAUCAUUGGUGGAGAAUAAUCUCAGGUCAAAUUCGUGUUCUGUAGUCUUCAAAAUUCAAAAAAAAAUGGACUUUCACAAAAAUCGACUUAAAUCUGUGAUGUACCCAUUUGGAAUCUGCCAAAAAUGACUCCGGUAAAAAUCCAUCCAAAUCCAUACUUAAUUGACGUAAUAAUCGGUGAACAAAAUUAUCAUGACUGUGGCCGGGUAACGUUCAUUCCUACAUUUAUGCUCUUGGAUGUUUUAUCCACGUACUUCACAUGCACGCAAACCAGUCAAACCCAACUCACGAACGUUAGCUCCGUCAUUAGACGUUUGGAUUGCAUGCAUUCUACCUAGCUUCGGCCCUUACGUUUCAAAUAUUAAUGGCUGCUGUCUUUCUCUUUUGCCAGAAAUGAAGAAACAGAAGAAGA